ACAACAUAGUGAACCGGUAUAUAAACCAGUGAAAUUCCCCAUAUGAACAUGAAUUUCUGAAAACUCCUGUCAACACAAAACUCUUAUUAAGUUGCUCCUGGGAUCCAGCUCACAAUGAAGUUCAUUCCAACAGGUGUUGCCUCCUUGCUGUUGGUGAUGCACUGCAGACUGGUGGCUGGCAAAGCACUUCCAGUGGACUCCCCCAGCCCCCUGUGUGAGAAGAAAUACACAUGCAGCAACAGGGUCUUUGAGCAGAUCCGGAAGCAAGUGAUACUGCUCAACGGGACAGCCCAGGAGCUCUUUAACAUCUAUGUGAAAUGGCAAGGUGAUACAUUCAGGAACCACACUGAUAAACUUUGCAACCCUGAUACUAUCUUCUUCCCUGCCUUCCACGUGAACCAGACAAGUGAGAAGAAGGAGAUAGUGGUAGCCCUGUACAAGAUCUUUGCUUUCCUGAAUGCCUCCCUGGGCAACAUCACUAGGGACCAGGAGGAGCUCAACCCCAAGGUCACUGAGUUGCUGGAGCGGCUGAAUAACACCACCAAGACCACUCGGGGCCUGAUGGUCAACCUGAGUUGCCUGCUGUGCACUAGGUACAAUGUAUCUCAGGUAGAUGUGAUCUAUGGUGAGAGCACCAAGGGUAAGAACCACUUCAAAAAGAAGCAACAGGGGUGCCAGGUGCUGGCAAAGUAUGUGCAGGUCAUCACCAAAGCAGCCCAGGUCUUGCUACCUCACGUUAAUGAUGUAUGAGCUGCCAACCAGACUGGCUGCUAGCAUCCUCUGUUGCACUCCUCAUGCCUUCCAUGACAAAUCAGUGGAUUGGAGAAGAGCAACCAGCGUGAUGGGAGAUCUGCAGGUAGUGACUCAUAAAUGGCAUUGGUAUGGGUGGCAGACAGUUAAUAGGGGGAACACAGCAACCAACUACAGAUGUCAGAGCUUGUGAUGAUCUCCCUUAUGUCACUCACUGUUGGUUUGCGGAGCCUGGCUAGAUUGUUCAAAACUACAUUCUUAAGGAAAGAUGCCUUAAAAUACCUGCUAAGAGAUCUGCCGUGAGAUGGGAUCUGUCAGUACACAACAGCUUCACAAUCAGAAACUUCCCAUGUGUCUGCCACUUCCAUCCAACUGUCUGUGCUUGCCCAAAGCACCCCCAGAGACUUCAUCAAAAGACAAUUUAUUUUCAAUGAUCCCUAUUGGCCUUAUAUUUAUUACCUUCCACCCAGUGCCUUUUUAAUAUUUGAAUGUUACUGAGGAUGAUUUAUUUCCAUGAUGAUUGUGUUGCAUUUCUAACUGUUUUUUUAAUGAAAUGUCUUAGUGCCCAAGAGCCUUAGAGUGAAGAUGCCAUAGUAAUUAAUUUUUGUUGGAGUGGUUAACUAGGUAAAUGGGGCUACACUAAGAAAGAGGACAGACAGGUCUCAUCCACCUCUAGCUUUUCCAGGACCUUCUUUCCUCUGACUCGCAUGUGGAAAUGAGAUUUGCUGAGGUCCUUUUUGGAAGGUGGGGGUUGGAUGUCACUGCUCAUUCUUGGUCCCUCUUCAGCCUCCACCAACACUUGGUGCCUUCAUUCUUAGUUAGGGAACAAAGCGUUGUAAAUGCACCAGGCCUGCUUAGAGAAACCUGUGUUCCAUGAGGACUCUGGCUCCACAUGUCACUAACGGGUAUAAGACAGCCAGACAUAGGGCCUUAAAAACAACAGUGUGAGAUUGACCUGUUUUAGACAGAGGUGCCCAGCUGGUCAAGUUACUGAGUUGGAUGUGAUGGUAACAGAUGCUCUGUCUACCAGGCUUAGGUAGAGAGGGUAUCUUUCUAACACACCUGUCCUGUGUAUGCAGGAGGUAAUAUUAGAUGAUCACAUCCUAUGUAUGCAAGAGGUCACAUUAGUGAUCUAGCUGGUGAAUUUGUUAUUUAUGGACUGUUGCAAAGAGAAGUGGGGAGAGGGACAAGCACAAGAGCCAUCAUGCUCUCUGAGCAAUAUUGUAAACUCCUGUGUAUUUACCUUUCCCUGCCAUCUCCUCAUGUGCGUCAGGAGACUGAAUGGCUCAAGUG